GUUUUUCUUGUCAUUUUUUUUUCUAACUCGGCGUGGUUUUUUUUUUGUACAUGUAACGUUCAGUAUAGAAAUUACCUACUAUUACGUAUAUUUUUGUUUAGGAUCGUUUCUGGGUAUUCAAAAUGGAAGUGGAAGUGGAACAAUCGAAGCAUCUGCUAAUCGAAUCAGCCGGUUACCUAGCCGAGAUCCAGCAGAACAUCAUCGAUAAUUUGAAGAACGAUAGUAACAUUUUCAACCAAUCGGCCUUCGACGACGUGGAAUUGUACGAUAGCUUCGUCAGCCCGGACUCCCUGUCGUUGGACAGGAUCUCCAGAUACUUCAACACCCCGCAACUAUCCAGCAAAGUACGGCCCAGCAAGGACACCAUCAUCAAAAGCUCCUAUGUACUGGAGAUCAACGAGCAGAUGAUCGAGAACCCGCGCGUCCAUUGGGGCUACAAGAGGAUCAGAAGGGGCACGAGGUCCUAUUGCGAUGGUGCUUGCUACAACGGCGAAUGGAACGGGCUCGGUUUCGCGGGAAAAGGCGUUUACAAAUAUCCCCACGGUGUAAUUUACGACGGACCGUUCAACGAUAUCGGAGAAUUCCACGGUAUAGGGAAGCUGAUCUAUCCCAACGGCACCAAAAUGAACGCCUUGUGGAGCAACGGGAAAUUAGUGGAAUACCUCUUCGAAGACCGGACAUCGGAACAACCGAUACCCGAUCGCGUCGAUCGACGGUACCAUCGUGAAGUUGUAGACGGGUUCGGAACGCCGGGCCAAGAGCUCAUCACCAACACCAAAGAGUUGCCGAUCCCGCCGGGGUGUUUCGACGUAGGAGACGGAGUAUUCGUCGCUGAUAAGCACUUGAUCCUGGAUAUGCCCCGGUACGAAGAGAACGUUGGCGAGGUGUGCAUAAAGCAGAGUCGAAUGAUGAUGUACCGACCUCUUUACAACGCUAACCUUUCGGAAGAGAUAAAGAACUUCAUCCAAACGUUGAGAUGUGAGAAGGACGCGCGUUUCCAUUUGAGCGGCUUCAAUAAGUUAUUACAGGACGUCGCGAAAGGAGAUAAGGGAGCUGUGCCCAGUUCGAGACAGGAGAAGUGGAUUCAGAGGUAUUGCAGGCGCGGCGGAGACGAACCCGUGGGGUACAGCCCGAGUCUUUAUGAACUUUAUACUACAGGAGCGAGAAACGAAUUGGAACAAAUUAGCUUAGCGCCGAGAGCGAAAAGCUACCAAUCUCUGCUAAGCUACCAAUACAUGUCGGAACGGCGUAAAUCUACCUACAGGUGCAUGAGAUCGCCGGCGAUGUUCACGGUAUACAAUUUGGAAAAGCACAGAGGAAGCAGAAGGAUUAUGGAUAAAAACAUCUACAAAAAGAACGCGGAUAGGAAGAAAAAACAAAGCCUGAUACCAUCGCACAAAACAGAUGUAAUUUCUGUUGGUGGCUGGUUAGAUUAAUAUUUGUAAGCUAAUUUAAAAAUUCCUACAUAGUGUCUGUUAAGCGAAACCAUAAAAAUUGC